UUUCCUGUGGAAGUCCCACCUCAAACCCAAUGAGGUCAGUGUCUCUGUUUUUGUGGGGGCUGUCGACAAGAGUGGACCCUAAAGCAUAAGCUAAACUUAAAUAAUAAAAAAUACGGCUGUGAUCAGGUUACACAGAAAACAUACAUCAUGUCAGAUACGGAGACAAAACCCUCAAGUCAGGAUGCAGGAGACAAGAAGGACGGGGAGUACAUCAAGCUGAAGGUGAUUGGUCAGGACAACAGCGAAAUUCACUUCAAAGUGAAGAUGACAACGCACCUAAAGAAGCUGAAGGAGUCCUAUAGCCAGAGACAGGGUGUCCCGAUGAAUUCUCUACGGUUUCUUUUUGAAGGACAGAGAAUCGCAGACAACCAAACCCCGAAAGAGCUUGGAAUGGAAGACGAGGACGUCAUCGAAGUGUAUCAGGAACAGACUGGAGGACAUUGGAACAAAUAGGCUUUCUGUAAAAAAAAUUUUCCUUCAGUUUUUUUUAAUUUUAUUUUUUUAACGUAUGUUUUUUCUUUAAUUUUCUUUUUUUUUUUGCUUUUGUUAUAUGACUUCCUCUUCGUAAGAUGAGGCUGAAACUCUCAGAGUCAAACUGCUGUUCCUCCAGGGUGCACGUGAGGCAGGGUGCGGUGAGCCGGGGGCACCAGCCCUCCCCGCUCAGGGGGCUCCACAGCGCCCUCCUAACACUCACUCUUUUCACACCAGGUUUCCUCUGCUCUGGGGAUUUGUAGCGAUUGGUCUGAAUGCUUCCUUCAUUAUGAGUCACGCUGGUGUGGUUAGACAUUUGAAACCGUGCUGGCUUUACAAUUUGGCAAAACAAUCUUGGAAAUUCUGUGUGUGUGUGUAAACCCAUCUUAGAGGCUGAAAAGAUCUCAGAAUCUGGCGACUAAAAUGACAAGGUUGGCGAAGCCUGACGGAGUGGAGGUGUGGAAGGAAGCAGGUGCAGGCCAAGCCCCUCCCACCAAUCAGAAGGCAGUAUUGUGCAAAAGGAAAUGAGAGAUUAUCUUGCUGCAGGGGAAUCCCAUUUACAGUAAUACGUGACAUUCUGCUUCAGAUCUCAGUGUAUUUAUCAGGUUUUGUGUCCUGUCUGUGAUGCAGCGUUAAAGGUUGCGGUGAUGGAAUGUGAGCACCUCCCCCUCCCCCCCCCCACUCCCCCGAAGAGCGCCGCGCAGCACACGCCUCCUCCGUUCCGAAAAACGACUCAUUGCACAAGCGUAAGCCCCUCUGUGGCCGCGUGCGUCUGCGUGCAGGCUGAGCCCAGGCUGAAGCAGUUCAGCUGCAGCGCUUGCAGGCGUCCAAUAGCGUUUCAGCGCCGGUGGUGAUCUUGUGAGGAAAACACCUGUCACCUGUCACCUGUCACACAGUUUUUUUUUUUUUGCACGCCUGCUGUUUAGAAACCGUGCGACGGGUUCCAGAAGCACCGCUUGGCAGUCGGUGGCGUGUCAGAUACUUUGUCCCGCGUUUGGAAGUGUAAGAUUUGUAUAAGACCUCGCCGGACAGGCGUUGGGUGAGAGGUGGCUCGGGGAUCACAGUGGCGGUGUUACUGCUGUUCAGCGGCAGCGUGAGUGCAGGAGGGGGACCUGUUUGUCCGGUCGCCAUGCCGUCUCGGCUGAUUGGCUCUCUAUAAAUAGCUGUUCUUUCCCCCCGCGCCCUGACGUCCUGCUGCUGAGGCAAUCGGGGGAAAAGGAAAGGAAAGAAAAAAAAAAAAAAA